GGGCGGCGCCCGUUAAAAUACCGGAUCCGAAUCCGGAACGGUUCCAAAGCAACGAUUAGUAUAGUGUCCAAGCAUAGGAUCGAGAAGCAAAGCUCUCUAGGGUUCGUCGUUCCUUGCUUCGCACUCUCAGCUAAUUUUGGGUUGACUUUGGAACUUAAUCUGGAUUGUGAUUUAUUGUGGGUUCUGAUUUAGUUAAAUCUCUUUUGAUGUGGCUAUAACUCGGCUUUUGAAUACCAUCUUUGAGGGCUUCCUGCUGAUUUAGCAUUCGGGGAACGACAAGUGAUCAUAUAUUGAUAUUUAUAUAACACAACUCUAUGUCAUUGUUACUGCCAAUGACUGAUUGAGCUCUGAUUGCUUGGAUGAGUGAGAUCCAGCAACUUAGUUGAUUCAUCUUCAGUUGAGGUAUUGCGGUCUUCUUUUGCUUCUGGAUUCUUGACCUUUUGUUCUGUGGAUAAGUAUUGAAACUGGUUUGUGUAGCUUGCCAAUAAGAAUAAAGGAUGGGAAAACCUCUAUUCAUUGAGAUCUGGCAGAAGCCUGCAACCAGUUGUAUUAUAGGUAUCUGUAGUGCAGUUUGGUUCUAUAUUCAAAAGAACAACAUUGGCUAUGCCAAUGUUGGGAUAAGCUAUGAAACCGCUGCUGAAGGGCAUUACUGGAGGCUUAUAACAUCUGCAUUUUCCCAUAUAAGUGUGCUUCAUCUGGUAUUUAAUAUGAGUGCUCUUUGGAGCAUCGGAGAAGUAGAGCAGUUGGGUCACAUUGGUCUUGGUGUUGAGUUCUAUCUGCAUUACACUCUGGUCUUGGUAGUAUUAUCGGGACUACUGGUUUUAGGGGCAUAUCAUAUACUGAUUCAAAAGUUCAAGCUAGAGUAUUUUAGAAGAGUGACUUCAGUAGGCUAUUCAUGUGUUGUUUUUGGAUGGAUGACAAUUCUUGCUGUAAAACAGCCUUCUUCGAAGCUGAAUCUCUUUGGUGUACUUUCUCUACCAAUCAGUUUUGCACCUUUUGAGUCACUCAUAUUCACAUCCAUCAUUGUACCGCAGGCUAGCUUUCUUGGUCAUUUAUCUGGAAUUGUGGUUGGUUAUAGUAUUGCUUGGGGCUUGAUCCAUGGAAUGAACAAUUACUGGGCAUUGUCUAUGCUAGGAUGGAUUAUUCUUGUGGCUGUACUGAGUAUGAAGCGCACCGGAGCUGUUGACUUCUCAUUCAUUAAGAUUGAAUCUGUUGCAGAUCCCUCACUACCUACUGUCGGUUUUCCCACUUCAGGUACUGGUAGAACAUUGCAGGUAGACAUACAAUCUGCAAGAGUCUCCGACCUUGUGUAGCUUUUACUUCAACCAGCAGUGUUUUCUGAUAUAUAUAUAUAUAUAUAUAUAGUCAUGCAUUAUCAAGAUGGAUCACUACAUGAAGUGCUUGAAUUUCUAUUAAUUGAUGAUGCCAGCUUGUUGUCUGUGGUUGUUUCAACUGUAAGCAACAUUCUUUCUGUCAGAAUGAACAUUUGAUGGAUAAUUGUUUGUGAAGUUUACCAAUUGAACAGAGAGUAAAAAGUUAUUUUGGAGCAUGAGCUGAUAAUCACACCAUGAAGAAUUGCUUUGUGAUGUUAAUAUGCCUACGAACUUUAUAUUUUUAGUUUGUUUUCUACAAAAUU